GGGGUGGUGGCCGCUGUUUUCUUUCAGAGAUUCCAGAUCAGUUCCCGAAUGCAUGGGAAUGUUACGAUAGGAUUUCUUCCUAAACUUGUGUGAAAGUGGUCACUAAGUUUCUAUAAGUUUUCGACAAUCCUUUAAGUAUCUUAUGAGGAUUUGGUUGUAAAGCCAGAAGCCGUUUUUGAGUCACUGUCGAGCGAAUUUUCCUGCGAUCCAUUUGGGACAAGGAAAAGAGUUGGCUAACGUUAGCUGGCUCCAGACUAACAGCGUAGCCGCGGCGCAAUGCAGGCCAUAAAGUGUGUCGUUGUCGGGGACGGAGCUGUAGGUAAGACCUGCCUGCUCAUCAGCUACACCACCAAUGCCUUUCCUGGAGAGUACAUUCCCACAGUUUUCGACAACUACUCUGCCAAUGUCAUGGUGGAUGGGAAGCCAGUAAACCUGGGUCUUUGGGAUACUGCAGGACAAGAAGACUAUGACAGACUCCGCCCACUUUCCUAUCCACAAACGGAUGUGUUUCUCAUCUGUUUUUCUCUUGUGAGUCCUGCCUCCUUUGAAAAUGUCCGUGCCAAGUGGUACCCUGAAGUGAGGCAUCAUUGUCAACAUACACCCAUCAUCCUGGUGGGCACCAAGCUGGAUCUGAGAGAUGACAAGGAGACCAUAGAGAAGCUGAAAGAGAAGAAACUUGCUCCUAUUACUUAUCCCCAAGGCCUGGCCAUGGCCAAAGAGAUUGGUUCUGUCAAGUACCUGGAGUGCUCGGCCUUGACUCAGCGUGGCCUUAAAACUGUGUUUGAUGAGGCCAUCCGGGCCGUACUCUGUCCUCCACCCAUCAAGAAGAAGGGGAAAAAGUGCGCUCUCCUCUAAGACUUCCACUGGAAUGGUUAUAUGGGAACAGAGCCUCUAGUGGUGACAAUGGGUAAAGUCACGGGAAUAACACCAAUACAUGCAUAAAAUUGAUGUACUUGAGAUUGUCUCCUUCCACGGGUGUAGGUGCAGCAGCUUCACUCAAUUGUUCCAUGAAAAAUUUGAUAUAAGGUCAGACUUGGGUGAUAGAGUCUGAUGUUGUACUUGGCUUAUACUGUAUAGAUGAGACUAUGAAAAGUUACACCUUCUGAGGCCUUCAAUACACUGUGGAAUGUUUGCAGUUUCUUCGUCCGCGAGGUGUCCAUCUUUGUUUACAGUCUUUGUUUUUAAGUAGAAGACAUCUUUUUGCCAAAUACUUUGUGCAAGUAUCAUGCCGUGUCGUAGCCUGGAAAACAAAAGACCCCUGGUUCUCAUGUUGAACCUUUGUACCUUCACAGUACAGCUACAAAUCUGCUGUUUAUGCUCGCUCCAGUGCGUUACAGUUUAGUCUGUUCAUUUACACUCUGUGAUGUGAAGUAAAUAAUAGCAUCAUUAAUUAAGUAGUUGACGUAAACAUGUGUUUACUUCUUUUUGCCUGAAAUCACUUUAUUGUAAUUUUUGUCUAGUGGGGCAUGAUUUAAUGAUUCCAUGUGAUAACGAGUGACACCUGAAGUGUAAUUCAGUGACAGAUCGUGACAGUGCUAUUAAUGCCAGACCAAUCAAAACAAUCCAGUAUUCUGUGCGUUUGGCACCCAGUGGACUUGUCGAGUUUAUGGUGUUGUUCUUUUCUCUUUAAUAAGAAGUGGCUUAACUGUGUAGUUGCCCAAGAGUGCAAAGCAGAAAACUUCCAACUUUACAACCAUGUAGGUAUUUUGGUGACGGGAAACAAGAGCACAUUUGAUGCUCUGUGGGCAUUUAUCAGUGCAAAAUGAUAGAUUUUUUAAUAAAUAUAUAUAUAUAUAGAAUCACUACUGGCUAAGCAGCAUCACUAAGAAGAGCAUUUACUUUGUAGCAUUAAUGAAGCUACUGUUGGUUAUGGUGUAUUAUACUGUGUAGUCCUUUUUUUGUUAUAAUCAUGUGAUGGUUUUGUAUCUUCACUCACUGUAUUGUCACACUAACACUAUGAAUUUUCUUUAUUACCUCUACAGUUAACACUACUUUAAACUCCUACAAGCCUUUUUGUCUUUAAUGCUGACAGCAGCAUAUACUGAAAAACUACCAUUAGAAAUGCUACAAGUAAUAUUUCACAAAUGUAUUGGAACUAGUAGAUCAGGGUUGAAGUAUAUGUUGCUCAUCCGUAUCAUAUUCAGACAUCAAGCUGUGCUUAUUUCAAGCCAAUGUUGUGACUCUGCAAGUUUAUGAAUAAAACCAGUUUUUGAAAAUGCCAAUAAAUUCCAAUAAAUCACACAGAAAUCUG